AAACAAACCAUUUGUAUUCAUUCAUUCAACUAAAAAUGUCUGCUUCAAGACUUGUUUCACUUUCAAGAAAGAUUAUUAAACCUUCUUCUCCAACUCCACUUUCACAUAGAAUUCACAAGCUCUCACUUAUGGAUCAAAUGGGGACUCACUCCUACAUGGCAGCUUUGUUAUUCUACCCGAAACAGAACACCACGACAAGCAUGCCAGAACCAACGAAGAUAUCCCGAGUUCUUGAAAAAUCCCUUUCCAAAGUCCUAACGUCAUACUAUCCGUUUGCUGGACAAGUAAGAGACAACUCCUUUGUCGAAUGUAAUGACAUAGGAGCCGAUCUAUCCAUAGUCCGAAUUGAUUGUCCAAUGUCUAGUAUCUUUGAUCACCCUCGUACUUACAUCGAUAAUCUAGUACUUCCUUUUGAUCCUUGGUUCCCAUCAACGGACAGUUUAGUCGCAGCUAAACUUGGUCAUUUUGAAUGUGGUGGCGUAGCGCUUGGUGUAUGCCUUUCACACAAGGUUAGUGAUGGUUGCAGUUUGGGUAAAUUCUUAAGGGACUGGUCUAUGGUAGCGCGCGAUUCAGAAGCAAAACUAUCUCCUCUGUUUAUUGGAUCAUCAAUAUUUAAACCAUCAAAUUCUUCAUCAUUUCAAGUAGUUGCUGAUCCUCCUUUAUACAAAAAUGAAUCAAAAAGGUUUCAUUUUUCAGCCUCCAAGUUAAAAUCUCUCAAGUCCUUAACUGAUUCCACAACUCAAAUCCGUCCUACGACAGUUGAAGCAAUCACUGCAUUCCUAUACAGAUGUGUCAAUACAACACCAUCCUUACUGAUACAAGCAGUAGAUCAACGCGGAACAAGUAAUGAUGGACUAGUUCCAGCAGACUCAACCGGGAAUGCUAUUCUUCCUUUCGUUGUAUCAGCAACAAAUAAGGAAGAGAUGAAUUGGGAAAGACUAGUUAGUGAGCUUAGAAAAGGUAAAGAGAAGAUUCAAGAUAUGCUCAAAUACAUUGAAUCAGAAGAGUUUCUAUGUUCAAAGGUAUCUGAUAUAGCUAGAGAACUAAACGAACGGACCUCAAACAACGAUAUUCCUAUGUAUAGAUUUAGUAGUUUAAGGAGAUUCCCAUCAAAUGACAUGAAUUUUGGAUGGGGGAGGCCAAGACAAGUUGAUAUUUCUACUUUACCAAUCAAUAUGUUCAUCUUGAUGGAUAACCAAAAUGGGGACGGAGUUGAAGUGAUCGUAAGCUUGGAAGACGGAGAGUUGUCUGCAUUGGAAAGAAAUGAUGAGUUCCUUCAGUUUGCUUCUCCAUGCUUAGGAUUCUAAGACGCGAAGGAGGCAAACGCGUUACCUUUAAACCCCUCAAAUACGAUAACAACACGAGUGAUUUCUGAUCCUAAAAUAAGUAGAACAAAAAGAGUUCUUGUAAUGA